UCUUCCAUCCCAAACCCAAACAACAAAAAUAUCCAAAACCCGAACCACCCAACCAGGUCUCAAGCUUCCUCAUCUUCCAUCCUCAAGUGCUUCUCAAUCUCAAGCUCUCAUCCAUGGCGACAACAAUCAACCUAUCACCACCUAUACACAAUGCCUCCUCUUCUUCUCUCCGCUUACUCUCUUCUUAUUCUCCCCAAAAUACCCUCACCCUCUCACUCUAUUCUCACCCCAAACCCUCCCAAACUUUUCCCACCAUCUCUCUCAGACCCAGAACCCUAACCAAACCUCGCUUUCUAAACACCGUCGUUUCGGCUCUCAAGAAGCUGUCCGAGGCCGAUUCGGUCGGCGUUCCGCCGGAAUCUGACGAAAUUCAGGGCAAAUUUCCGGCGGAUUCCGGCGUGUACGCUGUUUACGAUGAGAACGGUGUCCUACAGUUCGUCGGAAUAUCUCGGAACAUUGCGGCAAGCGUUUUAACUCACCGGAAAUCGGUGCCGGAGCUGUGUUGCUCCAUCAAGGUUGGCGUAGUAGAUGAGCCAGACAGAACAACUCUAACCCAAGCCUGGAAAUCAUGGAUGGAAGAACACAUAGCAUCCACUGGAAAGGUUCCCCCGGGUAACGAAUCAGGAAACACCACGUGGGUCCGGCAGCCACCAAAGAAGAAGCCUGAUUUGCGGUUAACACCCGGCCGCCACGUCCAACUCACAGUCCCACUCGAAGAACUCAUUGACCAGCUGGUGAAGGAAAACAAAGUAGUGGCCUUCAUCAAGGGAUCGAGAAGUGCCCCAUUGUGCGGAUUUUCGCAGAGGGUUAUCGGCAUGCUUGAAGGCGAAGGUGUGGAUUAUGAGAGUGUAGAUGUGCUCGAUGAAGAGUAUAAUUACGGAUUGAGAGAGACAUUGAAGAAGUACAGCAAUUGGCCUACAUUUCCGCAGGUUUUCAUUAACGGUGAGUUGGUUGGAGGGUGUGAUAUCUUGUCAUCGAUGUAUGAGAAGGGUGAGCUCACUGGCUUAUUGAAGAAGUAGAUGGCUUUGGAACCGCAUUGAAUGAAGAUUGGAUAAUGAGAUUUUUAUUUGAUUCAGAGUAUAAACUCAGUUAUUUGAGUUGAUGGGAGAAAGUCUGAAUGAAAUGUUGUUGUUUCUGUGCAUCCCAGUUGGUAUGUGUUGUUCGUUUUGUUUUGGCUCUGUUAUUGUAAUGUGAACUACUUUUUGAUCUUUCCCAAGUAGUCCUGUCUUUUGAUGGAUUUGAACAGUACAGAAUGGGAUGAUAUGGAAGAAAGUAUAGUUCAUAAUCCAUCGUCUGCUUUUUAUUUGGGUGUUCUGGACCAAAUUUUCCCACCCAUCCUUUGAACUA